AAAGGCCUAUGGGGCAUAUAUAUACAUGUUUGCUAAGUUCAUACUUUCAUAUUCAGAAUUUUCACGCCUGUUAUUGGGCGCUCAAGGGGUUAAAUUGUGAGGCAUUUUGGCUGCAAUUUAUGAUUUACCUUCCUGGGUCAGAAGUGACCACCGUGCCCUCUGUUCUCACACUCUGUCCUGCAUCAGAGCAGAACUCAGAGUUCCUCUGUUAAACGAAAAAAAUAAAUAAAUGUCAGAGUCUGACAGGGCUGUGAGGAAACCCGGGCAGCGCUGCAUUUGGCUGUUUCCAGAGCGGAAUAGCGCACACAACCAUCGUCUCAUGUCUCCGUGCCUGAUCCCGGUCUGCAGCGCCGCUCAUCCUCUUGUCAAAACGUGCCCCGCCGGCGGACCAAUCGGCUGCGACCUUGCGUGGGCAGGAAGUGACGUCUCGGGUUCCUGCCUCUGUUAAGUGCUCCUGUGUCGCCGCAAAUAUUAUCCACACACCAACAUCCCUCAUCUGUUAGUGCAGGCAGGGUGUAUCAGCCGCCCCUUCUCCUGACGUGAUGUUUGAGCUGCACAGCAAAUUAUAUGAAAACUGACAAGAGAGCUCGAGACUUUAUUUGCGAGCAAAUGUGACCAUUUCCCAUUUCCUGACAGUUCCCUCCUGAAGGGUUUCUACACAGACAUCUUUUCUUGUGCGCUCCGCAAAAAGAAAGAAAGAAAAAAAAAAAAGCCAGAAGACCACCGACCCCCCCUUUAUGUGGCCAUCUCACCACCACCAGCAACAACAGCAGCAACAUGCAAUCAAGGAUCCGCAGAGGCAGCCGAUCUGACCGGGGGUGAAGUAACAGGCUGCUGCUUUGGACAAAACCAGAAGAAACUUUCCUCCCUGGCUUGUGCACGGUGAACUGUGACCGCUGCUGUGUGGAGGGUUUCUUCUUCUUCUUCUUCUUCUCCUCUGCGCCGCCUCUCACUUUAUUUCUACGUGGGUGAGCAGUGUGUGAGUGUGUUUGUGCCACCUCCCCGCUCCUCCAUAGAUCUAGUUGCCCCCUUGUACCUUGCAGGCUGCACCAUGCAUUUCCUCUGCACCUCCUGGCUACGAUAGUUAGAGCAGGAGUCCGAGGUUUCUUCCCCCCCAACCCCCUCACCCACCACCCAGCCCCGGCUUCCCCCCCAUUUGCCUUGGUUUGGACUUCGGACCGUGCGUCAUGCCGAGACACCUGAAGCACACACCGGUCCCGUUACUGGACCGCGUGGUUCCUUUGUAACUGGAUCUACUCUUCUUCCUUUUUUUGGGGAGGGAGAGGAGGGCAUGCUGUCCUCGUCUCUGGAGAACACUUGCAAAGAGGAGAAGAAAGUAGAAAGAGAAGGGUGAGCAGCAGCAGCGACAGAAGGAGGGAGAGAUAAUCUUUUAGAGACUCUAACUUACUUGUAGAUGUUUGAUCAGGCCACGACUAUGGGCGAUGGGAGCCACCGCUGUGGACCCAACCCGCUCUGUCCGGACCGGAUGGAGACAAAGUGCCGCGCCGAGAUAGGGAGCCGGUCCCCGGUGCAGAGCUCCACCGACACCCCGGGGACAUCAGCGUCCACGCCGACGUCCUCCAGCGAAGACGGACACGACAAACUUUUGGGAGUGGACCCUGACUACUGUCGGAGGAUAUUAGUGAGGGACGCCAAAGGCACCAUCCGGGAGAUCGUCCUGCCGAAAGGCCUCGACCUGGACCGGCCCAAGCGCACGCGGACCUCCUUCACGGCCGAGCAGCUGUACCGGCUCGAGCUCGAGUUCCAGCGGUGCCAGUACGUCGUGGGCCGCGAGCGCACGGAGCUCGCGCGGCAGCUGAAUCUCUCCGAAACACAGGUCAAGGUUUGGUUCCAAAACCGCCGCACCAAACAGAAGAAGGACACCACCAAAGACUCGGACAAACGCUCGUCCUCCACGUCUGAGUCUUUGGCCACUUGCAACAUCCUGCGCCUCUUGGAGCAGGGCCGCCUCCUGGCGGGCCCCGCCCCACCUCCCAACUCCCUCCUGGGGCCUCCGCCUCACCCGGCAAAUGGCUCUCUGCUGAGCAGCCCUGGCGGAGGCUCCUCCACUUCUCCUGGAAUCAGCAACAGCACUCCUCCCAGCUCCCUACCAGGGGGGACUUUUGGGCUGUCGCUGCCAUCACUGGGCGGCACCCCGCCCUCACCACGGCUGGGCGUCCCACCGCCGCACUCCCUCUGCUUCUCCAUGCCGCUGUUGGGGGGCGCUCAUCAUGAACUGACAUCCACUUAUGGCUGCGGCUCCUCAGCUUUUGAGCCGUACAUGCGGCUGGACAGGAAAGAGGCAGAUUUGGGUGGAAAGAAGACAGUUUCUUAAGUAAUGUGUCCCUCUUUGAGGACGCCAGGGGACUGGGACUUGUCUUUGUGAGAGCUUUUCUCCUCAGUGUCUCACCCUGCUACCUGUUUGACACUUGAGAGGCUGCAGACUGGUGAGAGAAAUCACCCUGGAUCAUGAGAAAUGUGAAAAAGGAAACUGGUUGCUUUCCUUGCGGCACCAUUUUGUGCCACAGCACUGUUUGGCACACUGACACAAAAUGGUGAAAAGGAUGUGAUGUGACGGAGACUCUCCCGCUUAAAAAAAAAAAAGGAAAGAAAAUAAAAAAAAACUUGUGAAUUUUUGCAAAAAUGCCGUGUGUGUAUGUUGCGUGAACCCUGACAGACAGAUGUUUUUAUCGCCACUCUCUUCGCAGUGGUUUUAAGUGACUCUUCACUUUUUUGUCCUGUGAGUUUGUACGUGUGGUUUUUGCUCUCUAUACAGGCCUUCAUUUACUGUUCAGGAAAAAAAAUAUACUUGACAUGGAUAGUUCAGACUGAAUCAGUGUCUGAAUGAGAAGAGUGGUAUUUCAAAGAAGAGCAGUUUGUACACAUUUCUAUUCAAGUGGCCAUGUUUGAUUUUAGUUGAUGUGCUAUCACAAUAUGGAAGAAACACUGAAAAAAAAAAAAGAUUUGUAGCAUUUUAAUAUCAGUCUGUUUGGUGUCCAGCAGUAGUUUUUGUAAAUUCUUUAUUUGGUUGUGUUUGUUUAUGAAAUAAUAUGUGGUAGGAUCUGGACAAAUGAUGCAAAAUCACAUAUCUGGAUCCAACAGUUUAAUAUAAAAGAACAUAAGAAAGAAGAGUCCUCGUGUGAGAAAGCUGGUUAAACUCUGCCAAAGCAUUUAUGGAUUAAGCAUUUGUGUCCUCCAGUCAGCGAAGCAAGUCACUGUCGAGCUGAGAGAGGUGACCUUUGAACCCAGAUUAAUCUUUGAUUCACAGAUGUCACACUUUCUCUUUGAGUAAUCAUCUAAAAGACGCUCUCGUUUUGCAAAUUCAGCGGAGAAGAGUUUUCAGACACGCAAGUUAGGAAUCUGGCCGAGGUUUUUGGCCAACGUUGUAUUUAUUUCCUUGGCUGGAAAUGAAAGAGUUGUGGUUGGGACUAGAGCUGCAACAAUUAGUCGAUUAAUCGAUUAAUCGAUCAGCCCAUUGACAUAAAAGCAUUUUGAUAAUCAGUUCAGUCAUAUUUUAAGCAAAACUACCAAACAUUGUCUGGUUCCAUUGCCUCAAAUGUGCCGAAAUGCUGUUUCUCUUCAUCAUAUAUGACUCUAAAUUGAUGAUCUUAUCUUAUUUUCUAAAUGGUCGUCAUGGUUUGCAACACAUCACAACGACAGCGAUCAAACAUACAUAUUUUCCAGGUCAUAUCCAUAACUUACUGUAUGCGCGUGCUUAGGAUGCAAUAAGCUGCAGCAUCAUGAGAAAUUUUUGAGUUCGGAGCUUUUCAGUGGUUGUUUAUUUUUCUUUAAAUUGAUAUGUUGUGUUUUGCUCCAUGUUUCUUGUUUUGACUCCUUUACGGUGACAUUUGACCUGACCUUCCUGUUAGUCUUUACCUUGGCCCACCUUUCACAAUAAGAUUCCUCUGCUUGCCCCUCACUGAAAGCACUUUAUGUUUGUAGGUUUGUAUACAUCCUCUGCUGUCUCCCCCUGCUUUUGAAGCUGUUUUCGUUACCUGCUGAUCCACACUGAAAAUGGAAAAACCCCUGAACAAUUUAGAAAAUCAUCAGCGGUAACAGAGUUGGUUUAUUCAGUUUUCUUUCAGCUCCAUCUUUAAUUGACUGAAUUGAAUCUGUAAUUGAUUUGAACCUAAAUUGACCUCUGAAGACGUAUGUAGAUGCAGAACUGGAGGAAAAAAAGGAAGGAUCAGCUAUUUUUCUUUCUCCCCAUAUGAUGCAAUCUGUUCAGGUUUCCUUGUUGUCCAAAGAAAAUCAAACCUCACCUCUGAGAACAUGUGAUUCUGAACAGUUUGCCCUCAAUUUGUUUGUGUCAGAUGAGUUAUCGCCCCCUUUUCAUAUCUUCUGUCUCUCUCAUUUUCCCGUGUAUCUAUUCAUGUCUGCAUUACGUCUCAUUGUGAGGUUCAACAUGUUUUUUCCCCAUCCCUUUCUCUCACAUUCCCUAAAGGCAAUGCCACAUCUACUUAAAAAGAAAACGGACACUCCCCUGACAUCAAUUUAAAAAAGCGCUUACAAGCAAAGGCCAGGCUACGUCUUAAACAAGCCGAGCGUGUUCCCAGCUGCAGAUACAUUGGAGGAGUGGUGGAGUGCGUAGAAAGGUUCUGACCUCAGCCCUAUAAACCUCACAGUCUUUCAGCUCACUGGGCCUUUUUGCACCCCUGUUAGCACCGGAGCUGGUAGCUGGUGAUUUGUUGUUGUUGUUGUUGUUGUGUUCAGGCCCCUGCAGUGCCACAAAAAGAGAGAGAGAGAGAGAGAGAGAGGGAAAAAACCCUGUUAUCUGCUCACGGCUCUUUGCAGCGCUGCACCUGUGCUGUUGUUGAACACAGUAUUAUUUUCUAUAAGCACCAUCCAUAAUUCAUGUGCUGUGACAUCAAAUAUUGAGCAGAGAGAUGGAGCUGAGAGGUCAGGAGGCUUGCUUCUCAUGUAAGGCCGGUGUACCCUUUCACAAACCCUCUUUUUUCUUCUUUUCUCUCAACACAGUCGUCUCAGUCCUUGCUAAAUUGCUUCCCUGCUGUGUUGUAAGCAAAACACAGCCUCUUUUCCCCAUUUUUUUGCUGGAUUAUUUAAUUUUUUUGGUAACAGUUCAUACUUGCUGCGUAAGAUAGUGGAUAAAUGAGCUCUUGAUGAACAAAAACAGCUCUGCAUUAAUCUCAUUUCUCAGUCAAUGCAACAUGAAGGGAGGAUCAGAUAUUAAAGAAACACUUUUGUGGUUCAGUGGUUACAAAAAAAAACUUCGCACACUCCUUAUUUCCCUCAAAACUCAGCACUGACUCCAUAUUCUGUCACUGUACGGUGGUGUUUUGUAAUGUAAAUCUGCAGUUACUGUGUUGUACGCUCAGUCAAGGCGGGGUUACUCUAAAAGCAGCUACGAGAUGAACAGUUCAGCUCGAGGCAGACGGCCGGUCAAAGGCGUGAGAUGCCACUUCUCUUCCAGGCAACGGAAAGAAACUUUGUAAAGCCUUGCAACAGUUAAACAAAAGCCUUCUGUUUUUAUUUUUGGUUCUACGCUUUUUUUCUGCUUUCUUUAGCUUCCUCUCAGUACAGGGCGGGAGUGUUGCUUUUGUUUUGUGCAAUCUGUGACAUCUUGCACUUGUUUUAGGUUAAACCACCAUCUCAGAAACAUUAAGGGUCUUCUUAUGGCUCUCACUACUGCAUCAUGGUUUUCUUGAUGGAUAAAGUCCUUUGAGAUUGUGUGAAAUGUUCCUUUAUUUUUUAAAAACAGAUUCUGCUAGGUUUACUUUUUUCUAUAUGCACAGCCAAGGUCCUACACAGGACCAUAACUUCUUUUCUUUUUGCAGUAAACGUUACUUAAUGUCAAGCUAAUGGCACCAGCUACUACUUAUGAUGAACAAACUCUAUGUACAUAGAUAUAAAUUUAUAUAUGAAUAUAUAUAUAAAUGGGUCUUUGCACAAGUUAUCUCCAUGUCCGCUCCAUGUGAUUUUAACAGGAAAAACAAAAUGCGAAGGAAAGUUCAGAAAAAAAUACUUUAUAUAUGCUUUACAAUUCUUUGUCUCAUUAACAUUUUGCACUUAUUUAAAGAGGCUUACUUCUGUUUCUGGGCUGACAGAGCUGUUUUCACGCU